AUGCCUAAUCAGUUGGCGCUCUUUUGUUUCCUCUUCGCGGCGGUGUGCUUAUUGGUGGUGUUUCUCGAUUGUCGCCUGAAUGCUGUCUUCACGCAUUUGUCAAUUCAGAAAACGAGAAUACAAAUUGAUGGAUCGGAAAGACGAGAAAAUGAAGCAAAACCGACUGAAUGUUUUUCCACUUUACAAACUUUGAACAUCAGUGUGCGCUCCAUAUUGAUCGAUCCCGACGCUUUGCUUGAACUCUCGAAAAAUUGUCACCAAGAAUUGAGUGGAAAGCUGAAAUUAGCGAUUGAUGAGCGAGAUUUCGAGAAAUUCGGUGUUUCAUGGAAAAUCGAAGAAAAUAUUGAAAUUUGGCUUUACCGUGAUAAUCCAAAAAAAGACUACUGGCAAUUCUUCGAUCCCGCAAAGGAAAAUCGAUCUCACAUUUUACCCAGAUUUCUCCUCUAUUCUUUCGGCAACGUUUUUCUACCGGCCGAUAUUCCGCGCUUUUUGCAUUUAUGGGAACGAAGUCGAAAAGUCGAGUGCAAAAAUUACAGCUUCAGUCGAGAAGCGCGCGAUCAACGCCGCUACAUUCCACUUGGCAGCAUCGUAGACAUCGCAAGAUUUCGCGAUUCUUUAUAUCAAUUCGGGAUUUGGGGUUUUUUGAAUGGUGGAACGUUGUUGGGUUGGUAUCGCGAGUGCUCGAUCAUUUCCCAUACUUUGGAUAUCGAUUUUGCUGUCAAAGUUGACGAGUUUAAAGACGAUUUUCUACAAUUUCUCAAGACAAAUCCGCCUUAUUUAAGGCUCAAAAAGAAGAUUGGAUUGAAAAACGACUCAAUGGAGUUGAAUGUGAAAACGAAAGAAUAUGGGACGUCGAUUGAUCUCUUUUUGAUGUACGAUGAUGGAGAGAGCUCGUGGGUGGCUGGCACUGAUCGCAUGACGCUUAACAAGUUCAAAUAUACUUAUCCAAGAAUCACCGAUUUCUGUUCAGCCGAUCUGCUCGAUCACGCUUUUUUAAUCCCUUGUGAGGUGGAGAAGUUGCUUGAGGCUGAAUACGGCACAAAUUGGAGAAUGGACCAUCCAACACGACUUUUCUCGUGGCAUUCCUCGCAUAAAAAUGUGAAACGAGUCGGUCGAUGGCCUUCAAAAAUUCGAGCACAAGUCUAUCAAGUUUUCACUGACGCGCCAAUCACAAGAAAAUCUAAAUACCCGAAAGAUCUCAAGGAACAAAAGAACAGAACAGAUUGGCUAAGUCUUAACGCAAUU